AUGGCUAUCAUGGACGAAAAUUAUGAACGAGAUUUGAUGAAAUUAUGGACGCUGGUCGGAGACCUCAGCGAACAGCUUUCUCAAACCAAGGGGCUUGCCGAUACGCUUCGCUCGCAUUCCAUGAUCCUAAAGGCUCAAGCCCUACAUACAGAGACAGGAUUCGUUCUUCGGCGGUUUAAUCUCCACCUUUCACAAGAGGAAUAUGAUGCAGAGCUGGAACGUAUGAACAGCUCGUUGUCUCAAGAAAAUCAAGGUCUACAAUACGAUAACAAGCAACUCAACUCGCUCUUAAAAGAGUAUGAACAAACGCUUGAUCAAGUCAUGUCUACGUUCCGCAAGCACGCGCAUGACGUUCAACUCCGAGAGCUCGAGACCAUUAAACUCUACGAGCAACUACUUAUCGCUUCAGAGUCAGGAUCGCUGGAUACGCAACUCGCAGCAGAUACUUCCGUUUCCGUCCUCAUUGCAAAAUGUUCUCGCCUGCUCCGUAUGGUUCUACGACUAAUGGGCGGCGAAGAGCCCACCCCUCCAUCACUACCAUCACCACCUCCUUCCGCUAUUCCCAGUGACGAUUCUUCAUCUUACGAUAAAGUCGAGACUCGCUGUGCGCCCGAGCUCGCAGACUCCAUCUCACAGGAUUGGGCUCUAGAAAGGGAGAUCGAACUCUCCAGACUCGAGCAAGAAAACGCCGAGCUCCGCAUGUUAUUGCAAGCUGCAGACGCCGCGGCAGCACCCUCCACCCUUCCUCCCUCUUUACCAAAAGUCCCCGUUUCCGCGAUCCGCUCGCUUAUGCCUCGCCGUACACGUCUACGUGGGAAUAACAGCUUCAGUUCCGAAUCCUCUGUAGGCGAGUUCCGAGUAGGUCAAUAUGGUCAUGGAGAACAUCAAGGGUUACUUGACAUGUCGGAAGAAGUUCUGUGA